AACGCACACACCCGACGACGACGACGCGCCGCUCACACGGGCGUCCCGGCAGACCGCACUGUCGUUUCACUCGCCACUCCGCUGCCGAACGAGUCGUCGUGUCCGUCUCGCGCGCGCGUGCAAUUCGUUUUUAUUUUUACAACGUAAUAUAGCAGUGGUACGUUUUAUAAUAAUUAUUAUUUUUUUUUAUGUUUUAAUUAUUGCGUGAAUUACUUUUAAUUAUUAUUAUUAUUAUUGUUACGAUUAUUAUUUUUAUUAUUAUAAUUAUUUUCGUCGUUAUCGUUUCGCCGCAACGGACCGUCGGAAUAUAGCAAGUGCAGAUCUUAUAACGUUUUUACGCGUCUUACAUUUUACUCAUUUUUUUUCUUUCAAAUAAUUGACAUUUAAAUAAUAUUGUAAUAGUUUUUUUAUUUUUUUAUCGUUUUAAUAAUUUUUCGUUUCCGUGUCCGGAGUGUACGUAUAACGGCACCACCAGCAGUAUCGGCGAGAGUUGACCGGCACCCGGCGGUGUAGGUGCAGUCCUACCCCGACGAGAUGGAUUUCUGCGGCGGCAACGAGUCCGAUGAUGCCGCCGCAAUCGGUUCGUAGUGUUCGCGGAAAGUAACAUUUUUUCCAUCGUUUUCGGUAUUUUAAAAUCCGUUUUUUCACGAGGCUAAGCAGCAGUAGCGCCGCUACCGUUGAAACUGAAAACGCGCGUAUUUCCGCGUAAUUAUCUGCGAUAACCGUCAUAAUCGCAAUUCACACGAUUAACGUAAAUCCGCGUCGACCGUCGUUGCGUCGCUCAUUUUCGUCUCCGCACAAGAACUCUAUAACGGUCGUCCGUAUGUCCCGCAGAAAGCAAUCCAGACCGGUCAAGGUCCUCGAGGAUGGGACAGAGGAAGAGUGCAUCAGCGGUAUCCCUCGCGGAGAACCAGGUGCGGCUGUCGUUGUCAACGGGCACCACGUAUCCACGUCCACGCGUCGAUUUGAUGACGGUGCGACAUCCAUGACUUCGGACGAUGAAGACGACGAAGAAAACGGGCCGAUGCAUGGCGAAAAGUUGCCGAGAAAAUUGUCGAACACGUGCAGGCAAUGCGCCAUGGGAUUCCUGAGCUUUUCCGAGCUGUCAGAACACAACAAGACGUGCGUGCUCCGCACCGGAGUCGCGAACAACGCAGCCGACAACGAUUUUGACCACAGAAACGAUCACGACGAUACUGACGGCAUAGAGGACGACGACGAAGCAGACGACGACGAGGACGUCGUCGACGACACGGACGACAUGGACGACAUGGACGAUUAUCACCGUCACGGACACCACUUCAACGCUGCCGGUCUGCAGGCGAUGGCCGUGGCCGAUCUGAGGAGCGGACGUCACAACAAAAACAACAAUAACAAUAACAACAACAAUAAUAACAACAAUAAGGCUCACGAAGAGCAGCGCAGACAGCGACAGGACGCCGAGAACAACAACCGCCGUUAUGGCGGCGGUCUUCCAGAUUCCGCUGUGGUCGGCGGUGACGAAAUCGUGGCCAGCGGCGGUGGCAUGGCCGCCGAUGACUCGUCCGCGUUGGUGCCGGUCGGUUUCCCGUUCGCCGCAUACCAAGCUGCCGUCCAAGCUGCCGCCACCGCCGCGGCCGACGUGCCCGCGCUCCAACAGCCACAGCAAACGGCCGUCUCCACUCACACCAAUCACGUGACGCUCGAAGCGCUCCAACACACCAAAGUGGCUGUGGCCCAGUUCGCGGCCUCCGCGAUGGCUGUCAACAACGGCACCGUCAACCACCCGAACGUGCUGCAAGACUUGGCCAUCGUCAACUCGUCGUUGUACACAUUACAACACCAGCAGAUGAUGCAGAUCAGCCUCAUCCAACAGCUCAGCCAACAGUUGCAGAUAAGCCGUAGUUGCGGUGGCGCCGGCGGUACCGGAAGUAUCGACGGCACCCUGUCCGUGUCGCCUCCAAUGCUGAGCGACGGAAACGACGACGUGGUCUUGUCGGCCAUGGCAGCUGUUGCGGCGGCUUCGCCGAACGAACUACCCAUGUCGCUGAUGGCCAUGUCACGGAACAGCGCCGAAAUGUUGCACCAACACUUGAUGCAACAGCAUCAACAACAAGCCGGACGAUCGCCUCCUCUUCCGUCGGCCGUCCCGCAACAGCUGUUGCCCGCAGUCACGCCGAUUUCGAUUCCGGUCCCCGUGCCGAUGUCCGCGUCCGCUGCACAGUCCACUGGAGACUGCACCACGCAAACGCCACUGCUACAGCUCAGCCGAUCUCCUUCGCCGUCCACAUCGCGCUCGCCGACGCCCCCACCGGCGUCCAUCAUGAUGCCCGAAAUGCAACGCACCGGUUCGUCGCCACUGCAAGCCCUGCAAGGGUCCGCGGCACAAACAACGCUGUCGCCGCCGCAGCCACUCGCGUCCAACGCCGCCCAGACCGAGAGCGCCACUAAGCCUCCACCUCCGGCCGCCACAAUCCAGUCUGCACAGACACAGCCAUCUUCUUUUUCGGCGUCGACGUCGUUUUCGCUGACGCCAUACACUUCGUCACCGAUCGUAACGCAUAAUCAUUCCAUCCCGUCAUGUUCCGUUUCCUCGGCGUUCGCGUCGUCCAUCAUCACCAACACGGACCCAGAACCGUCGCCCAGCGAACCCAACUCGCUGGAAAAGCUGCAGCGCCGCGCUGCAGAAGUGUUGGAAAGCGCCAGCCAAGGAAUGAUGGCCGGCAAUCUCGUGGACGAGCUCUCGUUCAGAAAGUGCUCUGGCAGCGGUGGCAAAGGCAGCUCACUGUCACCGUAUGACGGUAAAUCUGCCGGUGGUGGAAGCCGAGGAGACAACUUUUACAAGCACAGGUGUCGGUAUUGCGGCAAGGUAUUUGGCAGCGACUCGGCUCUUCAAAUACACAUCAGAUCGCACACGGGCGAACGUCCGUUCAAGUGCAAUGUUUGCGGUAGUAGGUUCACCACCAAGGGUAACCUCAAAGUCCAUUUCCAGAGACACACGUCAAAAUUUCCUAACGUUAAAAUGAACCCUUUGCCGGUUCCCGAACACUUGGACAGAGACUUCCCAGCGCUGAUGCCACCGCACUUGAACCAGAGUCCACACCACCAGAAUGGCGGCUGCAACUCACAAAUGCCGACCAGUUCCACUGGCGCCGUUACACCGCGGUCUCCGCUGUCUCAUUCGUUUUCCAUGGCAUCAUCCGCCUCGUCAUUCCCGACUGCUCUAUCCAAUCUAUUCCGACCAAGUGGCAGCCAUCAUGGCCAGCGACAACAGCAUCAAUCGUCCUCAACAGACAUAGCCCUUCCAUCAAACAUUCAAAUGCAACAACAGCAGCCCGCUGAACAGUUACUAAUGACAAACCAACAUCAACAACAUCAUCACCAACAACAACUUAACAUUCACCAGCAUCACCACAAGCAGCAGCAGCAACACCACAUGUCAAAUAAUCACUCGUCAUCGCUACAACUAUUUCAGUUCAAACGUGAACAAGAGCAACCCGAAAACUUGAGCAAACCCUUGAACGCUGGUUGCUCGUCACGUGAAUCGUCUAUGCUGUCUCCUGCGCAGCUUUCUGAAUCCAGUAUGACGCGCAACAACAAAGAUGACCCUACAUCAUCCGAGUACAUCGACGAUAUGGCCGUGGACAUCGACUCGGCUGACGCCGAUGGACGUCAGCAUGACAUUGACGCCAACACUGACGAAUUUAGUGUUGAUACCAAGUACAGUGGUGAAGAGGAACGGACCAACAGCCCCGCUAUGAAUGACGGGUUGCAAGACCAACCUGAAAACCUAUCCAACAAAAGUGGUAGAGUAAUGAUUUCCAGCCCGCCAAUUAUCACUUCAGACGAGUCAUUUUCGCCAAGGCCGAGGUCCUCGUUAUCGCGACACCGUGAUUCUCGGGGCGCAUCUCCCGUAUCGAUGUCGUUCCACAACAGCAGAUACUCGCCACCUGGCGCUCUAGAUUUAACACCAAAACAGUCGGCAUUGACCACCACUGCUAAUCAUAUCAUGUCCGCGUAUUUGCCACCGGCGUUCGCUGGGCUCAUGUCAGGUUCCGCCAAUUCUACUGCCGGACUUCCGGGCCACGGACCAUCAUUCGGACCAUCCGCUGCUCGAGGAAAUACCACGUGUAACAUCUGUUUCAAAACGUUCGCGUGCCACUCUGCUCUCGAGAUCCACUACAGAAGCCAUACCAAAGAGCGACCAUUCAAAUGUACCGUGUGCGACCGAGGAUUUUCGACAAAGGGUAAUAUGAAACAGCACAUGCUAACGCAUAAGACUCGUGACAUGUCGUCGACGGGCGCCGGUGGAGGCAGCUCGUCGAACAACAUGUUCGACGGCAACAAUUCGACUAGCUGCGGUCACGACGACACGAGCAACGCGAGCUCCGAAAGCCGGGACGCGGCCCAGCAUCAUUUGCAUCACCAACAGCACCAGAUGCACCAGAUGCAUCAUCAGCAGCAGAUCAUGCUUUUGAGCGUAGCGGCACAAAACGCCGCAGCCGCCGCGGCUGUGGCAGCGGUCACGGGAUCAUCGUCAUCAGGAACAGCUACCAGCGGAGUCGGAUCUCGAUCUCUGCCACCACCGCCGCCACCGCCGCCGCCACCACCGCCGGUUGUAUUGCAACAGCCUACAAAUGGUUUGAUGCCCGCGGUGUCCAGUAGCGCGACUACGAUAUCGGCAAACGCUUCCACGUGCACCGGGCCUUCGUUGACCAGUACCGCGGUCCAGUCGGUGGCCGACUUGUCCCCGCCACCGGUGCAACAGCGCGCCGCAUCUGCUCAGACGCCCCCGUCACAACCACCGUCGACCAAAUCCUCAAUCCAGCCAGUAGUUACACUGUCCGUGCCUACCGUCGGCCAACAGCAUCAACAGUACAAUGCCCCAGGCUCCGGUUCCAGAAAACCGCCACCCGCGACCGAGGGCGGUAUGUCGUCUUCCUCGUCAUCAUCACCGAAACGCCCAUUGGCAGAUCCUGAAGCUGGCCUGCCGUCGGCCAAGAGACAAGCAAGUUCACCCAAACAUUUGUGUCAGGUGUGCAACAAGAACUUUUCUUCGUCCUCCGCACUACAAAUUCACAUGAGGACUCACACUGGUGAUAAGCCAUUUCGUUGCACGGUGUGCAUGAAAGCUUUCACGACCAAAGGCAAUCUCAAGGUGCACAUGGGAACACACAUGUGGACAAAUGGAACAUCCAGGAGAGGGCGAAGAAUGUCGCUUGAACUUCCGCCUUUGCAAAUCGCCAACAAUGUAAAAGAAACUGACUUCCUCCAACGUAGACCAGAAAUCUAUUAUCAUCCAUUUCUUCCCAGUCCUUUUUUAAAUGGAAUUCACCAACAAAAGAUCAAUGAGAUAUCUGUAAUCCAGAACGUUAACAGCAACGUCAACAAUCGCAUUCUCAGUGGAUUUGGUAAUUUCGGAGGUGGUGGUACGUUUCCUGGCGAUAUGAUGAAACAGGAGCAAAGCAUCGCCGCCGACAAACAGAACAACGUCAUGUCUUCGUCUUCGUCUCCGCCGUCCCAUCACAUGAGGACACCGCCGCUUUGGGACUUGCACUAUGAUCGGCAGACAGCCGUCAACCAUAAGUCCGCCGAUGACCAUCAGCUCAACAACUGCGAACACCAAUCGCCACAAUCGUCACCGAUAGCGCACACAAACCACAUUUCUCAGAACCGCACUGAGGGUUUGGCUACAUAACAUUUACUCGAGUAUUUGCGUUUUCAUCGAUGAUAAAACUCAAAUCGUUCAUUAUUAUUAUUAAUAAUUAUCAUUGUGAUUAUCAUCAUUAUUUUUACUAUUAUCAUUAUUCUUAUUAUUAUUAUGUUAUUAUUAUUUUACUAGUAGUGUAUCGUACUAUAAUCUUUUUGUUUUCAAUGACUUGACGUCAAUACGUCAUGAUAAUGUUAUAAAUAUAAGACGCUAUUGAGCGACACGAAACAAAAUUAUCGCAGAACUGCUGUCUGUUGGUCCCCAUGACUUUGUGAAACGUUAUAGGUUCCUACUCUAAACAGAAAUAAAACUAAAGUAUUGAAAAACAUAUUGUCAGAAUGAGUUUUUUUACAUGUUAAAAACGCUGAAAUUAAUGUCUACAAAAUAUUUAAUUUUUAAUUUUUUAAAUUUUUUUUUAUUGUAUUAGAAUUGAUUUUAAAAAAUAUUUUGUAAACACCAUAUUUUUCUUGCAAAACAUAAAAAAAAAAAAAACGUUUCUGACAGUAUUUAAAAAAAAUAAAUAAAUAUUUUUCUUUUAUUACUGUUAGAGCAAAUUCCAAUACAAAAAUGUAUCGAUCAAAAACUCGACAUAGUAGCUUUUGGUCGAUACAUUUUUGUUCUAACCACGACAGAAUAAUGAAAUCUUGUUCAAAAAUUUGCUCGGCGUCCACAUUAACUAUAAUAUUAUAAUACAAGGAUAUUUUACUCGAUUUUCAUCUAAUUAAAUUGUUCAUCAUUAUUUUCCGAUACACAUGGUAUAUCCGUGACUAAAAUGAUUCUUAUAAAUUAUAAUACUAUACACUACGAUGAAGUCGACCUAGACACUGGUCAAUAACUAGUUUUGAUAAACAUGUCUUUAAAACUAUUGAAUAAGUCGUGUAUAAGAUAUUUUGACAGUUAAUAAUGAAUAAUUAUUAUUGAAAACAAUAACACAAAGUUUCAUCUAAUUACAUUAUUAUAUGUACCUAUGUAUUUAUUUACCAUUAUCUAUUAAUUUUUUAUUUUUAACGAUCAAAUUAUUUGAAUGUCUUAUUGUUUUAUGUUUGUAUCAUCGUUUAUUAUUCAUGUGUUAGUAUCAUUGUUUAUUAUUAGUAUAUCCUAUGUAUUAUUUAGUGAUUAUAGUUAUCAUUUUUGUGCUUUCCUUUUGAAAGAACCAUUUGUCCCUAUUAUUAUUAUUAUUUUUUUUUUAUUAUUGGUAGGUACUAUUUAUAAUUAUUUACUUAUCUUUAUUGGAGUAAUAAUUUAUUACUGAAUACCUUUUAUUACUACCAAUAAUGAUUUUUUUUUUUUUUUGACAUCAUAAUGCAAUACAUACUAUUGUAAUGUUUUUUUUUUUUUUUUUUCAUUUAAAUGUGUAUUGAUUAUGAUGUCUUUUUUUUUUUUUAAACCUUUACUGAUUAUAAGUGAUUGACCUAUUAAUAAAAUAAAUAGUGUAGAUUAGGUAAUUAUUAGCAACAAACAAUAAUACUAUGUUAAUUUUAAUUAAUUUAUUAAUAUUAAUACUAUAACUAGAAUUGUGUGUUUUACUAUUAAUAUUUAUUUAUUAUGUUUUAAAAAGUAUUAUUGUAUGGAAAAUGUAUCAUGCAUAUCUCUGGGUAUAUCAAAAUACCAAAUCAUGGUGCAGUUUUUGCUAGAUUUUAAGCAUUACUAUUAUAAUUUUAACUAUGAUUGCCAGUUGGUUCAUUUGUUUGACUGGCAUCAGAUUAAUAAUCUGUUAAAAUAAAUGCUUUUAAAUAUAA